AAACAGUUGAUUGAGCAGGCACUUACAAAUUACAGCCAUCAAUAUCACUUCAUCUUCCGCCUUAUUUAUUCAACUUAACCGCUUUACUCCAAUCGUGUGUCUCUCUCUCUAUCAAUUCUGAACAGGAAAAAUGAAUCAAGAGAUGAGCGAGGAGGAGAAGAUCGCGUACGUGUUCAAAGUGGUGGUGAUCGGCGACUCCGCGGUGGGGAAAACGCAGCUACUGUCGAGGUUCGCGAAGAACGAGUUCUGUCUUGACUCCAAGUCCACCAUCGGCGUUGAAUUUCAGACUAGAACAGUCACCAUCAGCUCCAAACUCAUCAAGGCUCAGAUCUGGGACACCGCCGGUCAGGCUUCAAGAUUGAAGCCGCUCACUCUGAAGUUAGUGAACUCAAGAACCCGCCCACCUGUUCUUGCUGACCUUUUUUGGAUCAACAAUUUCUUCCUAUUUUCAUUGAUGCUUGUGUUUUUUGCGGUUUUAGAUGAGCUCAAAUAGUUUAAAAAGUCAUGUGUUUUUAUGUAUUUAUGAAUGAGGCUAAAUCCAUCGCUGUCCGAUUGAAAUUGUCAUCUUAAUGGCUU